AUGGGUUGGAUAAAACCAAAAUCUGUAACUUUUAGAAAAAUAUGGAUUCCAGUUGAAGAGAAUGAUUAUUUCACAGUAUUAAAGAGAAAUACAACCAUCUCAUUAAUUAAUGAAGUUGUAUCUUUAAUUCCACAAAAUGAAAUAACAAUUAUUUCAGAUUUUAAGAUAUGUUUAAAGAAUAAAUAUUUUCAUUGUAUAGGUGAAUCGAAUGAAUGGGAGGAAAUUCAAUCAAUGUGGAGUUGGAUCAAUGAAAAUAUCUUGCCAUCGAUCCAAAAGAUGAACAACGAUCCCACUGAAAUAUUUGAAUAUCUUUGUUUGAAAUUCAGUUGUCUGGGCAUUCAUGAGGAGAAUUUCAAGACACAGGAAAAACAACGUGAACUAAAAGAUAAAGAUCAAAGAAAGAAGGAAAAGAAUUUUAAAAAGAGAUUCUCUCUUGAAAGUGAAACAUUAAUCACUCAAUAUUCAUGUUCAUUAAUGGAUAAGAUACAAAGACAUGGAUGUAUGUACAUUUCAGAAAAUUAUAUUUGUUUCUAUAGCAGAAUCAUUCCUACAAAGAUCAAGGUUUUGUUUUCCGAUAUCGUAGAGAUGAAAAAGACAACACAUUCCAGCUACUUUAAAUUCCUGACGGAUUCCAUCAAGAUUCAGACCGAGUCCAAGGAGUUUAUUUUUCAUACUUUCUUCAAGGUCGAUGAAACCUUUCAGCUUCUCGAUCAAAUAAGAAAGUUUGCUAUGAAUCGAAUGUUGUUUGCGGCCGAGAAAAACAACAACAGUAGCAGUAGCUCUCCACUCUCUUCUUCAUCACCACAAUUGGUCAACAGCCAGACGGGUGGCGGUGGCGUUUCCACAUGCUCACCGGCAUUCAUCAACCGUUCGAAUCCACUAUCUGUUUCACACCACCUCUAUCCGAGUGCGCCAUCCAACACACCGUCAUCGUCACUGAAGCAGUCUGGUUCCUACUUUUCACAGUCAUCUCCCAAUGAGUCAUCUUCUUUUUCCACCUAUCUCUAUCAACUCAGCUUGUCUCCACCCACAUCGGGUGCAGGUCCCGCUGGCUACGAACCCCAUUUCUCAACACACUACAGUUCACCAUUGACUGCCACCGCAAACAACAAUUGGCUCACUGGCACCGGCUACACAUCACCAUUCGCGCCGUCUUCUCCAUCAGCUAGCACUCCUACCUCAUUAAACAACUCAAUCUGUAUGGAAUAUCAACAACAGCAACAAUAUCAACUUCAUCAAUCUUAUGGCUAUGGUGGUGGUGGAUGCAGUCCAAACACUCAAUCAAUGACAACGCCCAAUUCCAAUCACUACAAUGUAUCGUCAUUCAAAGAGAUGCUUCAAGAGCAGAGAAAGCAUCAGGACUAUCAGACUCUCUUUGGUCUACCGACUUCCGAGCUGUUGGUCGAAGAAUUCCAUGUCACUCUCUGGAAGAGCCAUCCACAAGAUAUCGUAGGCAAACUAUAUCUUUCCAAUAACUUUCUCUGUUUUGGCUCGAUUGAUUUGCAAUUGGUGCUUCCACUUCGUGAGAUCUGCACCAUUUCCAACGAGAAGGCAUUUGGCAAUCGUGGACAAACCAUGAGAAUCACCAUCGACAAACAACAACAUUUUUACUUUUUCUCAAACCAAAUCGAAACUCACUACGAUAUCGUUAGACAAUUCUGGAAGGAUGCCAACCCAUCCAUUCAGAACGGUACCAACUCCAGUGGUAUUUUCGAGCCUCUACACCAAGUCAUUGGAAUGCCCGAUCAGAUACUCGAGAAUUCACGUGACUUUUCAAACACCUACAAACUCAACCAAGUACAACAGAGUCAUCUUUGGGAUCAGUACUUUUCAUUCCAUGGCGAGGGAAUAUCGAUGAUCAAGACUGACGAGCUCAAGGCGCUGAUACGUGGUGGUAUUCCAGACCAGCAUCGUCGACUAAUUUGGAUGUUGACAUCUGGAUCACUCUAUAAGCCCUAUUGCCAUCCACCAGGUUACUAUCAACACCUACUCGAGCAACACAAGAAUGAAACCAAUCAAUCGACCAUCGAUAUCUCAAAGGACUUGAAAAGAAGUUUUCCAGAACAUCCUUUCUACCAAAGUGAACAAGGAAUUCAAUCUCUUAGAAAUAUCCUGACAGCCUAUUCCUGGAGAAAUCCAUCUGUAGGCUAUUGUCAAUCAAUGAAUAUAAUCGCCGCGAUAUUCCUCUUAUUCUUAAAAGAAGAAGAAGCAUUUUGGUUAUUAUGUACCCUCUGUGAAGAUUAUGUUCCCGAUAACUAUAGACCUGGAAUGGUUGGUUCAAUUGCAGAUGGUAAAACAUUUGAAUAUCUUUUCUCAACCUAUCUAACAGAUCUAGAUAAUCAUUUAAAGAAAUUAAAUUGCCCGGUGUCAAUGAUUAUAUUACCAUGGUUUUUAUGUCUCUUCAUUGGUAGCGGUCAUAUGGAGUUGGGACUCAGAGUUGUAGAUUGUUUCUUCAAUGAGGGUACCAAUGUUCUUUUCCAAGUUGCUCUGUGUUGUUUAAAGAUGAACGAAACAGCAAUAUUAAAUUCUAAAUCUGCUGAGGAAAUAAUGAAUAUCGUCAAGAACACCAGAUAUAAUGUCGAUCAUCUUUUAACCAUUGUAUUAUCAGAGUUUGAUAACAUUCAACCUGACAAAAUAGAACAGUUGCGAAGCUCCAACAAGUUUAUGGCCAUCAAGAACAUUCAAAUUUCAAAUAAGAAACAGAAAAUUAGAGAGUGGAGUGAUAGAUAUAAUUUAUCCAAGACAGAGUUGGAGAAACUAUAUGAUUUAUUCCAAUCUUAUAUUUCAAUUAGUGCAUCGAAACUGGGAAUAGGUAUAGUCAAAUUCUUUGAAUUGUGCAAAUCUGUUUUACCAAGUGCUUGGUGUUACAAAGGUGCUUUUAUCAACAACAUAUUUAAGCUACUCGAUGAAGAUAUGGAUGACUUGAUCACUUGUGAUGAUUUUGUUCAUAUGGUCGCAAUUACUACAAAAGGUACAUUGAACGAAAAGAUUAAAUUUUGCUUUGAUCUAUAUGAUCACGAUAAUGAUGAUAACAUUAAUGCAAACGAAUUUAAAACAUUAUUGGAAUCAUUGAUAUGCUUGCUAAAUCCCAGUAACCAAACAACGUCUUUUGAUAUUGAUUCACUAGUUAGUUCAAUGUGUAUAUCAGAAGCUUCUGUUUUCUCUGUGGAUGAUGUGGAAUCGAAUUUUAUUGAAAUUGCCAACAAUUUGGGUAUUGAAUACACAAAAUAA